AUGGCACCCUCUGUCUCGGACGUUCGCUCUGGCAGCGCUCCCGUCGUCAACAGCAAGAACAUGCAGGUGACCCCCGAUGACAAGACCACCGAGGAUCCUCGCGACUCGAGCAUCCACCGUGCCGUCCGCUCGCACACCUACGGUGGUGCUGCCAACCUUCGCGAUGUCUUUACAAAUCAAGACACGGGCUUUUCCUAUGAGAAGCGCGACCAGCUCGGUCUCCGCGGCCUCCUGCCCCCUGCCAAGCAGAGCCUCAACACGCAAGUCCUUCGCGUGCUCCACCAACUUCGCAGCAAAUCGCUUCCCCUCGAGAAGCACGUCAUGCUCGCUUCGCUGCGUCAGACCAACACGCGUCUCUACUACGCCACCAUCCUCGCCAACAAGGAGGAGAUCCUUCCUUUGAUUUACACGCCUACGGUCGGCGAGGCCUGUCAGAAGUUUUCGCACAUCUACCGUCGACCUGAGGGCCUGAGCAUUUCGCUCGAGGACAAGGGCAAGGUGGCUAGCAUUGUGGAGAACUGGCCUGUUCCCGCGGGCUCGCCGCGUAUCGCGGUCAUCACCGAUGGCUCGCGCAUUCUCGGCCUCGGCGAUCUGGGUUGGAACGGUCAAGGCAUUUCAAUCGGCAAGCUCUCCCUCUAUGUCGCAGGUGCGGGCAUUCAUCCCCGCGCUACACUGCCCAUCGUCGUCGACCUCGGCACGAACAACAAGAAGAACCUCGAAGACCCGCUCUACCUCGGUCUGCGCCGAACCCGCGCGACCACCGAGGAAUACAUCGAGUUCAUGGACGAAGUGAUGGAAGCGCUGCACAGCCGUUAUCCGAACCUCAUCAUCCAGUACGAGGACUUUACGUCCGAGAAUGCGUUCCGCUUCCUCGAGCGGUACCAGGACAAGUAUCCGAUGUUCAACGACGAUAUUCAGGGUACGGGGUCGGUGAUCCUUGCUGGGUUCACGAAUGCUGCGCGCAUUGCGAGCAAGGAGAGUGGACGACCGCUGCACGACCACCGCAUUCUCAUGGCUGGUGCGGGCUCCGCGGCUGUCGGAGUGGGCAAGCAGCUCAUGUCGUUCUUCACCCGCCAAGGUUUGUCGGAAGACGAAGCCCGAGAACGCAUCUACAUCACCGACUCCAAAGGUCUCGUUACGCGCGAUCGAGGGGACAAGCUGGCCGAGCACAAAAUUUUCUUCGCUCGCCAAGACAACGAGGGUCGUCAGAUCAAAGACCUCGCUGAAACCAUCGACUAUGUCAAACCCACCGCCAUCCUGGGUCUCUCGACGAUCAAGGGCACCUUUGACGAAACGGUCAUUCGAAAGAUGGCGACGCUCAACAAGCGACCCAUCAUCUUCCCGCUGUCGAACCCGACGGACAACUCGGAGUGCACCUUUGAGGAGGCUGUCCGCUAUACGGAGGGUCGGGUGCUGUUCGCUGCGGGAUCGCCGUUCCCGGAGAUCGAGGCGGGUGCGAGCCCCACGGGCGAGAGGAUGAUUCCUGGUCAGGGGAACAACUUCCUCGUCUUUCCGGGGAUUGGGCUGUGCGCUGCGCUCUGCAAGGCUGCACGCGUGACGAACGAGAUGAUCACCGAAUCGGCGCUCGCGCUGAGCGACGCGCUGAAUGACGAGGAGCGGAAGGAGGGCAGGCUCUACCCGAACACGGAGAGGAUUAGGGAGAUCUCAAGGGACAUCGCUGUGAGGUGCAUCCAGAUGGCCAACAAGCAGGGUGUCACGAGGGAUGGGGGCAAGACGGCUGCGAUGGACGAGGAGGAGCUGAGGGACUGGGUGCACGGUGAGAUGUGGGUGCCCAGGUACGAUGCUGACGAGGCGUAG